AUGAGUCAAGACCAGAUACUACCUCAGCCAAGCCUAAGUGGACCCAGUCAAAUUUUCCCGAACAUCCCAGAGCCGGCGGGAUCGGUGGAUGGUGUAGCAGUUGAGGAUAUAACUUCUUCUCUAAGCCUGAGUAGAACGUUGACCUAUCUGAAUGACCCGGAGAAUAUUUAUGGACAGCCUCCGACUCCUCGAGACUCUGAAUUCGAUCGAGAGGAGGCUACUAUAGACCUCCAAGCUAUAAAUUGGGAGCAUCAUGGCGUGCAAUGGGUUUCUGCCAAGACCGGCACCACUCGCUUCUACGAAGUGGCGCAGGGACUGGUCAUGGGUUGGACGAAAAAAUUGACGCUGGCCUCGGACAAGAUUCGUGAAAGAUACCCGGAGCCAAGUGUUGAAAAUGCUUGGAAAUAUGUAACAGCUUAUUUUGAGAACUCGCGAGCUAGUGUUUUCGGUGUUGUUAAGCGCUCAAAUUUUGAGAGUCGACUUCGUGUUCAUUUCCAGAAUCCCAACAGGCCUAACGAGGACGUUGCUUGGUAUGCUUUGCGGAACGCAGUAUAUGCAUUAGGGCGUCGACUCGUGGCAUCAAUGGACGAAACUGUGGACUUCGCAGAAAUCCAGUCGGAGUCAUUGGGAUUCUUUCACAACGCCUUCUUCGUUUUUUCAGAGCUUCUAUUUAGGCCUAGUGGGCUAAUGACCGUACAGGCACUGGUCGUGAUGACUUCUUUCGCCGAGCUUUUAGGAAGCCCGGCCGUCGAGUACAUGCUCUGUGCAUCGGCAGUUAGACUCGCACAAUCAAAGGGUCUUCACCGACAGUCAUCAAAGGCAUGGAAUCUUCCAAGGUCAGAGAUAAUACACAGAAAUUGGAUAUUUUGGGCGGCAUACUUCUACGACAAGAAUAUUGCCUUGCGAUCGGGUCGUCCAUCAGCGGUCGACGACGACGAAAUAAGCUGCGAGAUACCUAGUGAGCUUCCCGAUGGAACACGCUCGAAUCUGCGCCAAGAUAAGUAA